CGGUUUGGAGAUGGGGGGAAGAUGAAGAGGAAGGGAGGGAUUAGUUAGUCACAUGUCCUUUAUAUGUCUUUAUCAUGAAGGGUGUCAAGGAUGUUCAGUUUGUCUGGAUGGGGUGGAGAACUUGUUUUACUCCAACACUGAGCUCAUUCGGUUUAAAUAGAGAAAGUGAAAUUAGGGUAAAUGGCAUGAUAGCCCAGGCAAAACCUACGCAACUAAGUUCGAUGUAGACAGUGUUCAGGACUGACGAUUUAGUUAAAGACUUGAUGUGUUUCUUACUGGUUGCCAGUUUACAGAGGAACCUGAAGACAACUGGAGAUGAGGGACAUGGUGUGGAUGUAUGCUGCCGUCAUCUUCUUGUUGUCUGAAGCAUGGAGGGUGGAUGCAGUUGUCAGAAAUGCAGCUUUCCACCUGGGGAGUGAAGCCAACCUGACAUGCAGCAAUAAGACAUGGAAUAAGAUGCUGUUUAUUGUCUGGACAAUAGAAAUGAAAUCCAUAAAGCCAUGUGUGAUCUCCUCUGAUAAUAGUAGAAGCGAUGACGACUGCAUUGAUGGCAAAUCACUCCGAAACACAUCCAGAAAUCUGUCAUACCUCCACAUCCCAAACUUCUCAGAGCGUGACGUGGGGGUCUACAAGUGUGAGUCGGUUUACUCAGGGGGAAACGACCUCUAUGUGAUCCACGUGGAUAUCAUAGUUCCUCCCAAUAUAUCAGCCUGGUUAGAGCCUACGGGCAGCGAGAUGACGGCAGUGUGCAAAGCUGAAAGAGGAAAACCUGCUGCCAACAUCAGCUGGAGUCAUAUGGGAAACAUAAUGACUGUGGAAACAAAUAGCCCAGAUGGAUACAUUACAGUAGAAAGUCGCCUGAAGCUCCUCGAGGGAAUGGACACAGCUAAUCUGAGCUGUGCUAUCAGGCACCCAUACUGGGACGGGGAAAAGGUGGUGGUUUUGCCACAAAAUUAUGAAAAAGGUUAUUUUCCUUGGCUGUACGUCAUUAUUGUGGUAAUAGUUGUGAUUUUGGCAGGAUCUUUAUUUUUUGCCAUAAAGAAACUAAUAACAUUGAGGCGAUGCCGACAGUCCGUGACCCCUCCAUCCAAAUCUCCACCGCUAGACGACGUGGAGGAAGUGGAGCCCUAUGCCAGCUAUGUUCAACGUGUAAACUCUAUCUAUAACUCAUCUGCAGAUUUGUUCACAUGAACUCCUGCACAUGCAUCACGCUCACACACUGAAAUGCACAUCGUUGUGAGAAACUGAAGGCUGUGAAACUGAGAAAUGGGGUAAUAGUAAAGAGAGAGAGGAGAGUGAGAUGAAGACUUCCGAUACGAGAGGGAAGACUCUCAGGUUAAUUCUGACCUAAAACUAAGCUCUUGACUGAUGGAACAGGGGAUGUACCUGCUGUCCCACACUGGCUCUCAUGCACAGCACAUGCAGCCCACUCUGUGUGUGGGUGUCAUGGAGAACAUUACUAAUAACUACAAAUGCAAAGAGCAGCCGGAUUCAGCACGCCAAGUUACAGGACUUUUGAUGUUGUCACGAAAUAGGCUGGAAUUAUAUGAUCAUCAUUAUCAUAAUUAUUAUUAUAACACAUAUUUAUAGAUAAACUGUAAAGAGAUGCUCACAUUUGAAUGGAUUCUUGGUGAAGUCAACCUCAUCCGAUGAGAGAGUCACACUGUAAAGGACAGAGGGUGUCGUAUCCUGUACAGAUUGUUAAACCCUCUGAGGCAAAUUUGUGAUUUGUGAUAUUGGGCUGUACAAAUAAAAUUGACUUGACUUGACUUGAACCCAGGUGUAAAAUUGCCUCAAGAUAAUGAUGACAAGAUUAUGUGAAGUAUUCAUGUCUUAAUGUGUAAUUAUGUAAUUGCGUGUAUUAAACACACAUUUGGACACACUGA